AUGCCACCUCUACCCUCACUUUAUACACCUGCGCAGCUACUAAUUGUGUGUUUGUUCCUCGGUAGGCUCAAGGAUCCAUCGACGAAAUAUAGAGCCUUCAAGCCGCUCAACCUCCCUGAUAGACAAUGGCCCUCUAAGACCAUUACCAAGCCUCCACGGUGGCUUUCAACCGACUUGCGCGAUGGCAACCAGAGCCUUGUCGACCCCAUGGACGGCGACCAAAAAUGGACGUACUUUAAGAUGCUGGUAGAACUAGGGUACAAAGAGAUCGAGGUCUCAUUCCCCUCAGCCUCGCAGACCGACUUCGACUUUACAAGACGACUUGUCGAGACUCCUGGUGUGGUGCCCGAUGAUGUCUGGCUCCAAGUGCUGUCACCCUGUCGGGAAGAGCUGAUCAAGCGAACGGUCGAGUCUCUCAAAGGCGCGAAGAAGGCCCUCCUACACAUUUAUCUCGCCACCAGCGAAUGCUUCCAACGCAUAGUGUUUGGCAUGACGGAGGACCAAAGUCUCGAAUUGGCUGUUAAGUGCACGAGAUACGCGCGGUCAAUCACCAAGGACGACCCUUCCCAAGCUGGUACUGAAUGGGCUUUUGAAUUCAGUCCUGAGACCUUCUCCGACUCCAGGCCAGAAUUUGUGAUUAGGGUAUGCGAGGCGGUUAAGGAGGCUUGGGAGCCAACGGCGGAGAAUCCGAUCAUCUUCAAUCUUCCAGAGCGAUUUGUCGUUGUUAACUCUAAAAUUGCAGCCACGGUGGAGGUAUCGACGCCGAACGUCUAUGCGGACCAAGUCGAAUAUUUCUGCAAAAAUAUGACAGAGAGGGAAAAGAUUUGUGUUUCGCUCCAUCCGCACAAUGACCGAGGUUGUGCAAUUGCAGCGGCAGAGUUGGCCCAGAUGGCUGGCGCAGACCGAGUCGAGGGAUGUCUCUUUGGAAAUGGCGAGAGAACAGGAAAUGUUGAUCUUGUUACGCUUGCCCUGAACCUUUACACACAAGGCAUUCAUCCUAACAUCGACUUCUCUGAUCUCAACCGUGUCAUCGACGUGGUGGAAGUUAGCAACAAGAUACCGGUUCAUCCUCGGGCCCCGUAUGGUGGCUCUCUCGUGGUGUGUGCCUUUAGCGGCUCCCAUCAAGAUGCCAUCAAGAAAGGCUUCCAGGUGCGCAAGAAGGCCGGGCACUCCGACAAGGAUCUUUGGCAGCUACCAUACCUUCCUCUCGAUCCACAGGAUAUUGGUCGCACAUACGAAGCAAUUAUCCGCGUCAACUCCCAGAGCGGCAAGGGUGGAGCAGCUUGGAUCAUUCUCCGCAACCUUGAUCUUGACCUCCCCCGCGGCUUACAAGUUGCGUUUAGUAAUAUUGUUCAGAAACGAGCAGAUGAGGUUGGUCGCGAACUCUUGUCUGCCGAGAUCCAGGAUCUAUUUGAGCGAACCUACUUCCUCAAAGAAAACCCAAGAUUCACCCUGGUGGACUACACAAUUAGCACUGAUCGGUCUGUUUCGCCAGCACCUCCCGAGCCGGGUAAGACACUAGACACCAAGAACAUGAAGAGAAUAUUCGAGGGCGUCAUAUCUAUCGACGGAAAAGAACAUAAGCUCAAGGGCAGUGGUAAUGGCUCGAUUUCCAGCUUGGCCAACGCCUUGUCGUCUAUUGGGAUUGAGCUUGAUGUUGCCGACUAUAAAGAGCAUGCUAUUGGUGGCGGCAGGGAUGUCAAGGCCGCCUCCUAUAUCGAAUGCACCGCCGCAGGCUCGCCUCACAAGGUUUGGGGAGUUGGUGUACACGAGGAUGUGGUGCAGAGUUCUUUGAUUGCUUUGUUGAGUGCUGCUAGCAACUUUAUUACAAGCCGGCCAAACACGCCGUUGCUCCUCCGAAACAAACACGGGCCGACGCUCAGCCAGGACCUAGGCCUUGUUAAUGGCAGUCCAAAGAGCAAUGGAAACCUUUCGAUGCCGAAGCCAAGCGCGGUGCCUAUGAGUGGAUCCGAUGCUGUGAGAAUUUUGGAGGAAAAUACAAAACUUGCAGAGUCGUAG